UCCCUCUCUUUUUGUCAUUGCCGCAGGUUUCUCCGUGGGCCGGAUGAAGAUGAAGAACAUGUCGCCGGUGUUCCUGCUGCCGCCGCUCAUGUUCAUGGGCAUGAUGCCCUUCAUGCUGGCCACGCUCAAGGGCGUGGUGGUCAAGGCCAUGAUGCUCAACCAGAUGGCCUUCAUGUCCACGCUGUGGAUGACGGUCCGCGACGUGGUGUUCGGCCCGCGGCCCAUCGUCAAGUACUACAACUACGGCUACAAGCCCGCGCCCCGCCCGCCCGUGCACUACAGGCAACCCUCGCCGCCCGCCCACGUUGACCACCACGUGGAGCACCACCACAGCGAGCCGGUGCACUUCGAGCACCACCACGAGGAGCACCACCUGCCCGACCACCGCGUCGAGCACCACGUCGAGCACCACGAGACGCACGGCGCCUCUCCCUUCUUCCACGACGAGGCGAGCAGCGGCGAGGACUCGUCCCACUUCCAGGACUACGCACAGGACCUCUCGUACGUCGGCGCCGACGACCGAAACGACCGGAACGACCGGCGCGGCGUCAAGCAGCAGCAGCAGGACGGCCUCCUCGACGAGGACGACGACGCGGGCGCGCCGCUGCCGCAGGCCUCCGCCUACCGCCGGCCGGCGCGGCCCCAGGCCCAGCAGGGCGUGGCGCAGCUGGCGCAGCACUACGAGUCGCAGGCGAGGCCCAACCGGCUGCGGUACGCGGCGGUCGGACAGGCGUCCAGGACUGCGGCGUGAGGCGUGAGCGCGUCGCGUGGCAGGGGGCAACCACCGCUAUCACAUCUAGGGAUUUUUAAACUUUUCUAGAGGAGUAUUUUUUGGGAGAAAUUUUCCAUUAUUAUUGUUUGAAAAUAUCCUCAUUUUUUUCCCUAUGAAAUUUCAGUUUUUUCUGUAAAAAUUUCGGAUUUGAAAAUCCCUAAUUACAUAGGGCCAUCGCGAUAUGAUGGGUGCGAUGUGACUUUCUUUCGCGCUUACACCUCUCUCAAUCUUCUUAAUCCCCUACGCACUCGUGUCCCCCUGGGUCUAAAGUCUGCAGAACGUAAGGGCCACGCAGAAAGCCAUUUUGUUCGAGCAUGUAAAUUAAGGGUGUUGUUGCUUUCUCCUUCUUGCUCCCCUGUGAUAUGUUUGGCGAAAAAACUCCAAUCAAAUGUUUCAUCUCUGAAAAAAUCAAAAGGAAAGGCUAGAAGCAAAAACUGUGCACUUGCGGUCAACUCAACUAUUACAUCGUUUGAUGUUGAGAUAUAUGUUUAAAAGUAUUUUUUGUCUUUCCUUAAAAAAUGUAUAGAAAGUGAAAACUUGUUGAUAUUCUUAUAUUGUGAUUGGGGAAAUACCCCAUUACAACGUAUCUCUAAAAUCGAAGGCAUUGUUGCCGCGAAAUGUGGAGUGAAUACUUAGUCAUAAAAGCGCUCAUCGAGAGACACUGCUUUCUCCAUCUCAUAGCCGUUCAAAUCAAUUAAUAUUGUAAGUAUUUAUUGACUAUUUAUUAUUUGGGUAAUGUUAUUACGAGCAUGGAUUCUUCACUCAUUUAAUAGAGUGCGAUCUUUAUGGAUACAUUGAUGUUAAGAAGGGUUGUUAUGUUUAAUCUUCUUGUGGCCCUCGAAGUCCAGUAACAGAUGCAUUUUCAGGUCGGCUACCUCGGC